AUGAAUCAAGGCUAUGAGCUGCCGCCCGCGAAACCCCUAAAUGGCUUCCCUCGAGUAGCCCACAAACUCGCCUCGGACCCCGAUAGAACGACUACGAUAUUCCGGCGCUUCGAUCGGCUGUCAGCGAGGAAUCUAAUACUCCUCGAGGCGGAAGUGGCAGAGCUAGAGGCGCGGCAAGAUCGAUUCGAUGAGGAGGAUAAAAUAUCAACGUCGGAAGAAGUGCGGAGCUGUCAUACUGAGUGGAGUACGUUUGAGCGUCUGGCAACGGAGAGAGAUGCGGAUGGGAACCCUACGAAUCUGGGACAGGCUACGAAACUCGAACUUGCGCGCAGAUUCAAAGUUAACUCCGAGGAAAUAGAUGAAGCGCUCGCUGUCCACCAGACGCUGUUGAAUUCUAAGCCGCCAGCUGCGACGACUAUAAAGGGCAUGAGAGAAUGGUUCUUAGACACGCAUAAUGGGAAACAGUACGGUGCGCCGCAGCUUUGGGGGGCUAGUGAGAAGAGAUUCGAUGAUCCGUAUGAUCUCGUCGCUCUGCGCGUGCCAGCGGAUCAAGACCGGCUCUCCGAGUUUAUCUUAAACUAUUUCGGCGGCUUCUUUCCGGCAACAUCAACAGACCCCCACUCCUCCUACAUCCGCGAAUCCACCCUCGCCAAAACCAUCGCCAUCAUCUCCUCCAUCCUCUCCGCCAUCCUCCUCUUCGGCUCCAUCGCCUCCCUCUACUUCGUGCACAACGGCCUCGCCCUCCUCGGCAUGUUGGGGGGCUGGACAGUCCUCUUCGCCGUCUGCGUCGGCUGGUUGACGAAUGCGCGAAGGGACCAGGUCUUUGCGGCGACGGCGGCGUAUUGUGCCGUGCUUGUGGUUUUCGUUAGUGGGACGCUUGGAGGAGCGGCGGGAGGACAGGUGGUGGUGGGGGAGGGGGGGUGGAAUUGUACGAGGGGAGGGUAG